CGAUCCUGCCCGUGAGCAAUCUCCCAACUCAUCUCUGUUUGUCAGUUCCAACUACAAGUUCCAAAGAAUAUUGUCACCUGUGUCAGUUUGCGUUUCAUGGUUUAUUGGAAAAUUCGGACAUUGAAAAUUAUUACUGACUGUAAACGUUACAAUGUGUUAAAAUAUUCUGUGAGAUCAAAAACAUCACUGACACAAUCGCCAAACAAGAAAUUCAACCAAAAUCCUUUAAACAUGCCGUUGUCUAUGCAAGUUACAGGUCGAUCUAACCUCGUUGACAGAAUGCAACGUGCAGAUCUUUCUACAAAACUUGAUCAGAUAAAUCAAAAAGACGGGAAAUCUGCAAAACUUGGAUGUCAUGUCAAUUAUCUUGAUGUCCCAGUCAAGUCUGAAAGUGACAAAAAGGAAUACAGAGUUAUCAAGUUGGAGAAUGGAUUAACUGCAUUGCUGAUUGCCGAUUUACAAUUUGCCCCAUCUGCUACGCAGGAAGAAGAUGACGGUAGCUCUGAAGGAUCAUCCUCUGAAUAUAGCAGCAGUAGUGAAGAAGAAACUGAAGAAGACGAGGAAGAAGACAACCAUAUUCGUGAAAGAGAUGCCAAGUCAAUUGGAUCUAAGGAACCUAAAAGAGAUGAAAAAAUGGCAGCAUGUGGUUUAUGUGUAGGUGUAGGCACCUUCAGUGAUCCACCAGAAAUUCCAGGCAUGGCUCACUUCUUGGAACAUAUGUUAUUUUUGGGUUCUGAGAAGUAUCCAGAGGAAAAUGAUUUUGAUGCAUUCAUUAAAAAACAUGGUGGCUCAGAUAAUGCUUAUACGAGCUGUGAGCAUACUAUUUACCAUUUUGAAAUUCAAGAAAAACACCUCUUUCCAGCAUUAGAUCGCUUCGCUCAGUUUUUUAUUAGUCCUCUCAUGAAAAGAGAUGCCAUUACACGUGAAAGAGAGGCAAUUGAAAGCGAAUUCAAGUUGGCUUUACCAUCUGAUCCUAAUCGUGCUGAGCAAUUGCUUUGUAGUUUUGCUCAACCAGGGCAUCCAGUAACUAAAUUCUCAUGGGGAAAUUUAAUAACAUUGCGAGAUAAUGUUACAGAUGAUAAAUUAUAUGAAGAGUUGCAUAAUUUUAAAGAACGUCACUACAGUGCACACAGAAUGACCUUGGCAUUACAGGCUCAAUUACCAUUAGAUACUUUAGAGCAAUACGUGAAAGAAUGUUUUAAUAAUGUGCCGAGUAACAAUUUACCACCACAUGAUUUUUCUAAGUUUAUAGGACCACAGUCAUUUGAUACGCCAAGUUUUAAAAGAAUGUAUAAAAUCAAGCCUAUUAGCGAUGUGUGUCAGCUGGAAUUGACAUGGGCCUUGCCACCACUUCAUCACUUAUAUAAAAGCAAACCUCAGCAUUAUUUAGGUUGGCUUACAGGCCAUGAAGGCAAAGGAAGUUUAAGUAGUUAUCUUCGCAAAAAGAUGUGGGUUCUGAAUUUUGAUUCUGGCACUGAUGAUACUGGUUUUGAUCAUAGUUCAAUGUGUGCGCUAUUCAGUAUGAAUAUUCAUUUAACGGACAAUGGGUAUGAGCAUUUAAAGGAAAUUAUUGAUGCAGUCUUUGCUUAUAUUAAAAUGCUGCAAAAGGAGGGUCCUCAAGAAACGAUAUUUAAUGAAAUUCAGCAGAUUGGAGAAACUAACUUUAGAUUUAUGAAUGAACAGGAACCAGAUUCAAAUGUUCAGGAUUUAUGUGAAAAUAUGCACUUCUUUCCCCCUUCUGAUUAUAUUACGGGAAGUGAACUUUAUUUCGAAUAUAAUCCAGCUUGUAUAAAAGAAUGUUUAGACUACCUGACGCCAGAGAAUGUAAACAUUAUUAUAAUGGAUAAGAGAUUGAAGGAUGAUGAAUUACCAAAAGUAGAACCAUGGUUUGGAACUCAAUAUGGUGACAUGGAUAUACCCCCAGAAUGGAUAUUGGAUUGGAAAGCCAUCGAACCCUUGCCAGAAUUUCACUUGCCCGAACCAAAUGUAUUUGUUACUUAUGAUUUUACCCGUUUUCCCAUUCCCGAAGACGUGUCCAAAUAUCCAGUUAAAAUAUUAGAAGAUUCUAUAUGUGAGCUCUGGUACCGACCAGAUACUUAUUUUGGUCGUCCAGAAUGUUAUAUGCGUUUUUAUUUUAUAAUUCCAAUGGCCUUGGCAACGCCGCAAAGCGCGGCAAUGUUGGACUUGUAUGUGAAAAUAUUGUUGCAUUUAUUAGCUGAAGAAUUAUAUCCGGCGAAUGUUGCAGAUUUAUAUCACAAUGUUUCUGUGGAUGAUAAAGGCUUAUCUGUAAGUGUUGAUGGGUACAACGAAAAGUUGCCUUUGUUGUUGACUGCAAUAACUAACUAUAUUGCUGAUUGUUCAAAAUUAGUUACCGAAGAAUUAUUUGAAAUAAUGAAAAAAGAGCAGCUGAAGGGCUACUACAAUACUUUCAUAAAUGGGGAAGAAUUACUCAGCGAUGUGAGGUUUUCUAUAUUAAUGCUUUCCAAUUGGACGUCCUAUGAUAAACACGCGGCGGUGACUGGUGUCGAUUUCCGACAGUUUCAAACUUUUGCUAAACACCUCAUGGAUCACGUCUAUAUUCAAGCUUUGGUCCAGGGUAACAUUACCGAAGCAGAUGUCAUCAAGCAUGGCCGUAACUGCAUAGAAAUUUUGAAAUGUGGACCCCUGGUGCCAAAUUCUUUACCUCACACACGUGUUAAUCAAAUACCACUGGGACAGCACUGUUGCCGAGUGAAGAAUUUUAAUUCAAUGGAUGUUAACUCAAUAGUGACAAAUUACUAUCAAAGUGGACCAGCUGAUAUCAGAACGAGUAUUAUUAUUGACCUUAUUUUAAUGAUUAUGGAGGAGCCUUUAUUCAAUCAGCUCAGAACGCAAGAGCAACUUGGCUACGAUGUAUCUUGUACACUAAGGGACACCUUCGGCAUACUUGGUUAUUCAAUUACAGUUUGUACUCCGGUUGAAAAAUUCUCAACCGACCAUGUUGACGAGAGAAUUGAGAUAUUUUUGAAGUCAUUUCUUGAAAAGUUAAAUGAUAUGCCAGCAAAGGAAUUUGAAGAUCUGAAAAAAGCAUUAGCAAAAUUAAAACAAUGUGUCGAUGUCCAAUUGAAACAGGAGGUGGACCGAAAUUGGGGUGAAAUUAAGAGUAGAAAUUACAUGUUCGGCAAGCUGGAUAAAGAAUUGGCUGCAAUAAAGGAGGUUACCCUUGAAGAAUUGAAGACAUGGAUGCAACGGCAUGUAACGAGUGGGCAAAAUCUGAGAAAGUUGAGCAUUCAAAUAGUGGGAACUGCUUCUAAAAAAACGGCUGAGAAAAUUGAUGAUGUGAUUCAGACUGACGUUAACUCGGGUGAUUCAAGUAUUAAGGCGAAUGAUCGCAUAAAGUAUGAACUACAAUUCUUAACGAAUAAAAUCAAUCGACAAGAAAAUCAAAAAGAUGUAUACUACAUUAACAACAUCCAAGAUUUUAAGGAUAGCCUUUUCGUAUAUCCUGUCAGCCGUCUUACAUCAUGAUAAUGUACAUUUAUAUUGUACUUUCUGCUUGCUUCACGUGUGCCGUAUAAAGAAAAAAAAAACUACAUCGCAGUCCAAUACAUGUAUUCUGUUAUUUAUUUGUAAGUGAAACGUGUAUUUAUUACCGCUUGUAUUGCUUGUUGACUGUUAUACAUUUAAUAAGAUCGUCGUGAAAGUCUGCGUAAA